AUGCCCAUCACCACCGAGCGAUGUCUAGAAAUGCUCCGAGAGCUGCACCAUAUGAAACUACAGUUGGAUUCCUGCAGUGACAUCCUUAAAGACCUGAACAACAACACUAUGCGUAGUGUGAUGUUGAAACGAAAUGGAAGUGUCCGAGGUCGCAAAAAUUUGGUGAAAAAUGCGUUACGAAAAAUGGAACCGAAAUUGAUGGAGAAUAAUGGAGGCGAUUGUGGAGUGGUGGUGUACCUGACGUCGUGUGGCGUGUUGAGACGGUCGUAUGAUAGGUGUAAAGCGGUUACCUCACUCCUCGAAGCGUUCCGUGUCAAGUUCGAGGUCCGAGACCUCAACAUUAGCGCAUUCCACGUGGCAGAGCUGGCGGAGAAGCUGAAAUUGAAUGAGGAAUUUCAGAGGGACCUGAUUUUCGAGUCGCUCCCUUUGAUUUAUGUAGAUGGCUACUUUUUGGGGAACGAUAAAACAAUAGUGGAGCUGAAUGACGCGAAAACGUUGGAGAGGAUUCUGGAAAAGUAUAAAACCACGCCCACGCUCGCCGUCUGCUCAGAAUGCGGAAAUCGCGGAUACGUAGUGUGUCGGGUGUGUCAUGGAAGUCGACGUCAUCAUGUCGCCACGUCGUCUGAAAUUCGAUUUGGUCUAAUUUUGAGAUGCUCGUUUUGUGAUGAGAACGGGAUUUCGAGGUGUCAGAAGUGUGUUAAUUGA